AUCCCAAAGAAGAAGAAGAAGAAGAAGAAUCUCUCCGCUCCCUGUUAGUGUUUGGCAGCUAUGACAACGAAGUUUGAAAAUGGGUGGUUUGACACCUCAAAAGAAGAAGCUCUCCUCCUCUAAAAUGUCUCAGAAAGCUCUGAAAUGCACCGUGCAAAUUAAAAUCCAAGCUAUUACUUGUCCAGGGGUUGUGUUACCUAAUAAGGAAGACAUAUACCUGAGUGUCUGCGUCAUGGGACAGUUCAAGAAGACUCUCUGUCUGCCGCCUGCCUUCCCUCUUCUAUUCCAUGAGAACAUGGUAUUUGUGAAGAUGUUCACAGGAGCUGCUGACCCAGGUCACAUUGUGGACCUCCUUGAAGCUGACACAACAUCCUUUGAACUGAUUCAGCUUGUGCCUCCAGAGGGGGAUAUUUUGGCCACUAUUGAAGAGAAGACCAGAGAAUUCCUCUAUCCAGGCCCCAAGCUGACACCUAGAGCCGAUGGUCCUGAGAGAGAGAUGCUGAUGAGGAGAUCUAUCUGUUUCCCUGGAAUCUCUCCUAAAGUGGAGUUUGCAACCAUGUCUGUCAUUGAGGAAUGUGAUGGGAAAGAUAGCCAGCCUCAGCCUGCCUCCCCUGUAAGUGUGUCCUCUCCUUACUGCCCUCAUCACACCCAGUGUUUCCGUGUUCACAAUGAAUUGUGUUCAGCUGAGAGAUUUGAAUGA